AUGGGCCAUCCACUUGUCCACAGCCUCCCAGACGGUCCUGUUGCCGUCUAUCCGUAUCCGUCCGCAUCUCCUGGAUUCUUCCAUACCGAUCCCGCCUGCGCGGCCUUCUUCUCCUCCGCCAUGAACAUCAACGGAUCCGUCCAUUCGAAUCCUUCAGCCUCCGCUGCUUCCCCCCCUCCUCCCCCUCCUCAUUCUCCUCCUCCUGCUUCUUUUGCUGCUGGCUCUGCCGCUACAGCUACAGCUACAGCUACAGCUUCUUCUGAUCCUGCGCCUACCGCUAUCACCACCGCCAGUCAAAAACCUUCCUGGAAACCUGCCUCCUCAUCUGCGCCGCUGGCAAUGAACCCUUCCCGCAAGCGUUCGCGUGACGAUUACAUAGCCUCCUACUCAAUUGAAGACGACCAGCGUGAUAGCGGUUUCGGUUCCACAGCGACGUCUUCCCCGUCCAUCGAGGAAGCAGAUCCAACAUGCAUCGACGACAUGGGCCUGCCGAGCCGUGAUGGAAUUGGCAAUACCUCGCCUUCCUCAUGCCUCCACAGCCGCAAAUCGCAACGCUUAGAUGCAUCCGCCGCCGCCUGGGACGAUAAUGCCCUAGCUACUAUCCAAGCCAAGCUUCAAUCUAGCUCCGCCACCCCUUCAUCUUCAAUGCAAAACAAUGAUAAUGACUACCACCAACCCAAACGCCAACCCUCUUCCUCGUCCUUCUCCUCCUUCCACCCCCUAAUCCCACAGGAACCGCAGCUCGACUCCCUCACCCUCCUCCUAGGCAUAAGCUGGCAACGCGUCUCGCGCACAGACGACGCUGACGUCGCCGCCGCCCUCCGCGGUUGGGAGCGGUAUAUCCAAAAUCACUACGCAACCUACAUCUCCCAGGCGGAGAUCCUGCUCAAACAUCGCGGGCUCGGGGCGUUUUUGGUUGCGGCGCAGGUUCCUGCUUCUGCUUCUGCUUCGUCGUCGUCGUCGUCACCGUCGUCGUCUUUCUAUCCUUGGAUGCCACAUACAGAUACAGAUACAAAAGAUACAGAUGCCAAUGGCACUGCGACUCGCUUCUAUCUCUUCAGCGAAGACCUGGCUGAGGCGCGGCUGGUGGGUAAUGAUUGGGACUCUUGCCUGCGCAACCUGCGCGAGGUGCCGUUUCGGUAUGAAGAUGGCUCGCUGGUGCUGAGGGCUUCGUCCGCGUUAGCGUCUGCGGUGCCAGCAGCAGAGAGCGCCGUGGGGGAUAAAGGAGUGCUGGUUGGGUGUGAAGAUGGCGCUGUUGAUGCGAUCGGUAUGGAUGUGGACAUGGGGAUGGGAAUGGAUAUUGACUGGUAA